AUAUUUCCAAUGGUAACAUUUUGCUUUACAAUUAAAAAGCGUUUAAUGUAGUGAGGAGAAGAAGGUGAAUGAGUUUCAAAAGAUUGUUGAAGCAAUUAAAGUAGAAGAAGUAGAAUGCUUGAGGAGGUUCAGUGGGAAAGUGUUCAGAUCCCCAACUUUGCUUGAGGAUAUGGUCAAAUGCAUUCUCCUUUGUAACUACCAGUAUGUCACACCUAUACCUCUUUCUCUUAUUACUGUACUGCAUAUUUCUUAAUCAGUCAUUGAAUAAUCAUCCUUGGCAUGGCUUCAUUUUGCCACUAGAAUCCAUCUGGUGGCUUAUGGCUUUCAAAAUGGACAGCAGGGGAAACAGGAUGAGUGAGCAAGGGAAUCAAUUGGGUUAGCUAGUGUUCAUAAUCAACGAGAAGGCAGAAAGGAGGAGACAAUAGAGAGAGGAAAUCCGGCAACUAAACUUGCUAGAACUUCAGUCAACUCUCACAUUCCUGUAAUUGUCAUGGAUCAUGGACUUCUAGAACUGUUUUUAAUUCUUGGAUUAGGGCAAAUUCCACACAGCAACAAGGGAGUGGGGGAGGAGGGAAAGCUUGGAGGGAGAUGCUAUGCCAAGAUUAUGCUAUGAUAAAUGGAAAAGAGAUGAGUGGAGGAGAUCUGGAGUAUUAGCAUUUUCUGAAGUAGAGAGCAUUUUGACAUGGAUUGGCACAACCGAAGGUGGAAAGGGAACUAUGUAUGAGGGUUUUUCAUACAAACUUUCCCUGUGAUUCCCAUUGGACUUCCCUUUCAAGCCACCUCAAGUGAGGUUUGAAACCAUGUGCUUCCAUCCAAAUGUUGAUCAGUUUGGGAACAUUUGCCUUGAUAUUCUUCAGGUAUCAAAUUAAGCAAGUAUAUUGGUUUUCAGUUAAACCAUUUGCUCUUAACAGCAUGAGAAUAAGAUUGGGAAAAGAAACCUCUACUUGCUUCUGUUAUAUUGAAGUGUUUGAACCUAUUGCCUUGGUGGAUAUUAGAAUUGUAACAUAUUUUUAUUUUUCAUAGCGUAGCUUUACUACUGAACCAAGGGAUCAUUGGUAGUGGAAAUUUUUUAUAUAAAUGUUUAUUAAUUAGAGUCCUUUUGAUAUCUUCUGUACUGAAAAACUCAUCUUAAUGUUGUAGCAGGACAAACAGUCUUCUGCUUAUGGUUGCCAAACCAUUCUAUUGUCCUUUCAAAAUCUGUGAGGAGUUCUGGUUUCUCUUCCUUUAAUAUUUAAGUCAAGACACUGGUAAAAUAUCUCUCUAAAUUGACCAAGAACUAUUGUUGCAUGCAAAGCUAAUCCCAAUAGUACCCUCAACAGCUAUGCUGCAAAACAAUGGAGCAAUAAAUAAGGUUGAAGAUU